AUUUCUCUCCCGCCUCUCUCCUUCAGGAGCCUCCAACGCCUGCGCCAGUCCCGCGCUACGGAGGGCAAUGGCUUUCGGUGACGGGGGCGCUUGAAUCGAAGAGCGGGUUUGCUUUCGUGGGACGGACCAAUUUAGCCAGCGCUUUUACCCGCUCCAAUGGCUGCCGAGGGAGCUGGAGAUGAUCCACUGGGCAUAGGUCCGGCCGUCGGUGAGUCGCAGAGAUGGCUUCGUAAUAGCUGUCGCGAGGGCCGAGUUGUUGAGGAGUGGAUUCCGCCGUGUGCCUGUGUGUGCCGGUGUCUACAGUAUCUCUCUGUGUGUGCUGUCAGAUGUCUCGUGUUUGUCGGCAUGUUGCGUAAAGGUGUUGUUGGUGUGGGGAACCAUCCCUCGCCUAUCGCCCGGACCGGGACAGGGAACCAUCUCUCGGGAGACUGGAUGCGACCUGGGAGCGGGCUAUCGAUUCAUCUCACAAGGAGACCGCGUCCUACAGUUUCCAUGACCCGAGGCCGUGCUCGUUCAAUGCGAUGCUGUCCUCGCUGGUUCCUGGUUCCCAGUCCCUCGCAUGUCGUUGAUCCCAGCAUUGGAGCCGCGGCGGGGGGAGGUGGCAGCUUCCGCGGGGUCUAGGGUGGAUGGGUUGGCGUGAGGCUUCAGGGGGUUAAUUAGUGGGCUUUUGCACUUGACGGGUGCAUGGACUCACUGUCUGAG